AUGCGGUCCGGGCACUACUAUGGUCGCAAGCUAUGAUUCGCCAUGGCUGACUUAGCCCGAGCGCCGCAGGUGCGAGACAGCCUGUCCUACACAGCGGUACCACAUCGGGCGUCCGUGCUUGCUGCUUCACCUAUUUUACCGCGCAGGCAGCCAGCGUCCGAGCGUAAUCAAACUCGACCCCACUCCGGCACGCCUAGGUUCAAACCUCCUCUGUAGUGCCUAGCCUAGGCAGAAUCAUAUUAAAGUAGCAAAAGCUCCCAUAUUUUCUCUCGCGCGCCCGCUCUUACUCGAGCCUGCGCAAAAAACGGCUGGCGAUUCCUCAAGUGAAGGUCUCGUGCGACACCUGCCACAGGCAUGGCCACAGGUGUCCGUAUCUUUGCUGAAAGUAGAAAUUGAUUCAACUAGCCCAGUUUUCCAUUCUAUUACCCCUAGCAACCAUGUUGCGACGCGACGUGUACCUCCGCAAAAUUUGCUUGCUAUCAGUAGCCAUUCGAUCCGUCCUUGGGCAGGUCGCACGGCAUCAACAUCCAGGGCCGCUCACUUCAACCACUUUCUUUUCCGGGGUCGGGCAACUCUGAAAAUGGCGGUGCGCGUUCCGCGAUUUUUUACGCCGCUUUUUCUGGCAUGGUUUCGCGAUUCGCUUGACAAUUUCCAAGCCACGCGGGUGGCUGAGGUUCUGUAAACAAUUAGGUGGGACGGGUGAAACCUUCGAAAUUCCCAGCGCCCAAGUACCGCGCUAGUGAUACGCUAAACUAGCAAGGGCGUGUGUUGCGUCUCUUAAGACAGGAGUGCCACCGAGUGUUGUUGAAGCCAGGUACGGCUGUCUCUCGAUGCAGAAAACGUUCAGUGCGAAGUUUAAGCGGUCUUCACGACGUAGACCCGACCCAACCAUCUUGCCACGUCUUGCUCUUGUGCCAGGCUAACCAAGUUCGGCGCCAGUGAAAAGCAAAAAGGCAACAGUAACCCGAUGUGUGCGCGUGGUGCGAAUCUUGUCUCGGGCGAUAAGUGAUCUACGCGUCGACCGCCACAGUGCUGCAUCAUGCGUCAACUAAAGGUUGGCGACACGUUCGACUCGUUUACCGAAUGGAAGAGCACGCUGGAUGAGUUCUGCAAGGCGACCGAGCAGGGCUUUAAGGUUUACGCGUCCAAGUCGGUGAAAAGUUACAAUAAGAAACUCGAGCAGAGCCGGCUCAAGUGCAAGACCAAGCUGCCGGCGCCGGAGACCGUGGAUGAGAAAUGGCAGUUCACCUAUGUCCAGUACUGCUGCGUACUGUCGCGCGGCAAGAGCAAAGCACGCGACGAUCCCAAUGGAAAGAUAGCAUACAAAAAGUGCAAUGCAGCUUUGGGUAUCAAGUUCGACAAGCAGAAUGAAAAGCUGGUUCUCAUCAAGGUGAACUUGGAGCACAAUCACUCAGACCCGCCCGAGGCCCCUGACACUAAUGCAGUUGACAGCACCAACGACCUCUCACAGGAGGGCCUCACAGCACUGCAAGACUCAAACUUGGGUGACCUAGAGGCCGACGGUGAUGGGGAUGCCCAGAUUGAAGCCGAUGGGGAGCAGGGAGGUGAACCCGAGUCCAGCUCCAGUGAUGAAAGCGAUGAUGAUGAGGAUGGCAUGGAUCCACUGCACACUGGCGUUGGUGAGGAGUUCCGGGCACUCAGUGUGCGUCAUGCCCGGCAAUUGCAGCUUACCCUGGGUGGUGCCAGCGGCAAUGGUGCAGCCACGGACAGCUCACUGCGUGAGGCUACUGAGAUCGCGUCACUGCUACGUGAACUAGAGAAGCUGGAGGAGGCAGAUGCUGACGCUGCAGUCUCUGUCAUCGUGGGUGCCGGUGACGCCGUGACAGCUGUGUUUUUCCAGACGGGUGCCAUGCGCCGAUCGCUACGCCAGUUCCCCGAGCUGCUGCUCUUCGACAGUGGCUACACAUUCGCCGCCAUGGUGACGGGGCCCGGGGGACGGCCCCGGUUCUCGCUUGCCUCGUGGAGCGGCCACGAUGCGGCUGGCCUGGGCUGCCCAUUUGCCUUCGCGCUUGUUAUGCGGCCCGUGCGGCUUGUCGUCGGUCUGCUGAUGAGCGUGUUCACACAGGCCAACCCCGUGGCCUCCCAGGUGCGUCUGCUGCUGCUGGGCAAAGAGCAGCUCAAGCUGCAGGGCCUGCGGAACUUCUUCGACCAGGCAAGCACCACGCUUCUGUGCCACUACCACGUCAUUCGCUCGUUGCUGGGCAAGAUGGACCAGCUGAAAAUGCCGCCAGCGGAGCAGGAGCGGGUGUGCCGAACGCUGCGUGCCAUGCUGGCAUGCCUGCACGAGCGCACCUACAUGGACAACCUGCGACGGCUGCUGAUGGCCAAGGGGCGCUUUUCGAACCACUUCCAGCACGUGUGGCACGAGCAGCGAGACCUUUGGGCCGGCUUCCGCCGGUCGGGCCUCGUGCCCUGGUGUGCAGGUGUCAACGACCGUGUCGAGGCGCUCGUCCAGUUCCAGCAGGCGGUGUGCAACCAGUCUCGCAGCCUGUGCGAGGCCGUGUGCAACCUGGCUUACGGGGCGCACGGCGUGCUCGCCCAGACCACCACUGAGGCAAUGCUGGACGAGAUCCGCGAAUACCAUGUUCAGUUGCUUGACUACGAGGCGCGCCUCAUCGCCGCCUGCUGCGACUAUGCCGCCGUCCACGUGCUGGUGCAGAUACGCAUCUCGCGCUCCCACAAGUUUUCGGUGCUGGCCUCAGGCUCACAGCUCGUGGUCAAUUCUAUUGCGGGAAAAGGCACACUGCCCCUUGGUGGCUUCGCCUGCGACUGCGUGUUCCGCCAGACAUACCGGCUGCCAUGCACACAUGCCUUCGUCGUGGCGCAUGCCCGCAACAUCGAGAUACCACUCGACGAAGUGGCGCAGCGAUGGCGGAGGUGUGGCCCAUUCCCAAUCGACUUGACUGCUGGCGGCACCGGCGGUGCCAGCGGCAAGGUCAGCGAAGGGUGGGCGGGUGAAGGGCAGCGCGAGUACCAGGAGCGCAUGUCACGGGCCCGUGACCUCUCUGAGGCGCUGUGCUCAGUAGCAGCGCACAGCGCACCCGACGGCUGGCACCACAUGCAGGCGGUGCUCACGCAGCUGUACCGCACCUGGGCGCGGAACCCAGCAGCACGCAUCACGCUGGCCCUCGAGGAUGGCACGCCACUGCCCAUCAGCCCUCCAUCACCACUUCCAGGGACCACUGCUACAUUGCAGCACACAGUGGGGCCCUGCAGUGGUGUUGCAACCAAGAGCCAGCCAGUGGUGCCAAAGGACGAGCUGCUCGACGCCAUGGAUGAGUUCGAGCUCUCCCAGAAGGACACCAGUAACAUGGCCUCCGGCCUGGAAGACAACCACCACGCUGCGAUGCUUUCGGACGAUGACGCCGACAUGCCACGUGACAGCGUCAAGAGCAACGUGUUUGCCGGCACCACCCAGCUAGAGAAAACCGAGCCCCCCUGCUCCCCCGGCGGGCUGCUCAAUGUGCCCAGUGGUCACCACCACCAUCACCACCACCACCACCAGGGCGGUGGAGACGGUGGCGACGGCGUGACGGCGUCCGGCCUGGGCAACAUCAAGAUGCCCGACGAUGCUGUGUUUGGCUUUUCGGGGGGCAUCUUCAAGGACGGGGCGACCGAGACAGCGGGGAACAGCACUGAGCACCACCACCAGCACUGCGUCGUCUCCACGGUGGCUGGAACGACCGCGUCCACAACCAGUGCACCUGCGUGUGAGGAAGCGAAGCUGUCGGCCGAGGAAGAAGUCUACCGGCUGCACUCUGGGGACCUGUCAUGCUUCACUGCCAGCAUCGGUGGGGGUAACGAGGGAGCACAAGCCACUGGAGAGCAGCUGGGAGACCUGUUUGGCUACGGCUCAGACUUUGCCAAGGGCCUCCAGGCCGAGGGUCGGGACAGUCCCGUGCUGCUUAGCAUCAAGGACGAUGAGCUCAGUGACGGUUCCAAGGAGGUGGCACGCAUAAAAUGGGACAAUGAGGAGAGCUACAAGCUCCUGGACAGCAUCAUGGAAGCAGACGCAUCGGAGAAGCUCGACUGUGUAGCAGACGAAAUGAUGGCUACCGAUCCAACUGGGCAGCAGCUUCAAGCCAGCAUGGAGAGCGCGGCACGCAGCCUGCUCGAAGACAUCAAAGCCAGCUCCGAAGCACCAUCUCAAUGACUCUAGGCCAUCCAGCUGGAUCUUGCUGAUUCAUGCUCACAGUGCUGCUACAGUGACUGCCUUGCCUCAUGGGCGGUCAUCGCUAUGAGAGCCCUGAAAAGGCUUGUUUUCUGUCCAUGAAGUGGAAGACUUGAACCCAGUACAGUGCAGCCCUACUCAAGCUGUGUUCUAUGGCACAUGCCUUGCACAGUGGAAAAGAAUCGUGAUUCGGGAAGCACAGUUGGCAGACAGUUACACCACUGCGAAAGAGACGACGACCAUGUGUGCUGGUCGACACAGUUUCUGCGUGUCAUUCUGCGUCAUUCGGAGUGAAUCAAUCAGCACCACAUCUCUCCCGAUCCUACCGCUGCCAGAAAAGAAAGUGCACCGGAUUUCGAAAGUGCGUCUCCCACUCAGUCUUUCUUUCUCACCUUUUUUGCUGAUUGACGUGCGUUCAUUGACCUCCAUUGUGUGGCCAUUUUUCACCCAUUGCAUGCCCACUGUGUUGCUCCUGCGUGCCUGUCCCUGUGCUCCCUGUCUUUCCUUGUGAAGUACUGGUAUAGCAAUGUGUUGCCCAGGUUGCGACAUUGUUGUAUGCAUCAACUACAUAGAUGAACUUCCCACUGUAAAUUCAUGCACUGCCCCUUUAUGAGCCAGUACCAUAGCACAUCACUGGUGUCACUGAGACAUUCUUGGUAUCAGAAGCACCCACUGUGGCGUGUUCUCAAAGCAAGCUCAAGAAGUUUGACCAAGCACGCAGAGCGGUAGUUGUGCCACCGUCCCUUUAGCAGUGCGCCCGGCAUUGCUAGUUUUGUGUCAAUGAACUCCACCUCAUUGUGAAGCAUAGACAUGCCUCCUUGUAUUGUACGCUUUAUUUGGAAGACGUUGCUUGUGAUGGUCAUCAACAUAAUUGGAGGCUGGCAGCGUGUGUCACAUACAGAUCUCCUACAUUUGUGGCCACAUGCCUGCAUGCCAACAAGUUCCCUUGGUUACUUGGAAUUCUUACAGCGCGCGUUACGGCAGUUCCGACAGACUCGCACAUUUCUGCUCUGCACCUUCCAAGUAUGCUGUGAUUGCAUUUGGGAUGUGUUAAUUAUAUCUUUAUUUCAUUAUGAUUGUGAGGAACUGCAUAUACUUUACGCGCGGAAUAUUUUAUGGUUGCCUCGAUUUUUUCAGAAGACUGCUUUAUUUCUUCAUCAAAUUGAGAUUUCCUGUACUGUGCUUAAAGUGAUGAAUGUUGUGAACUGUUGAAUGGCAGCUGUAGCAAGAAAUUUAUUUCCUUCAGGGCAGCACAAGCAACUGCAAAGUGUUUCUGCCAUCACCCCGCCUGCCCAUCUAUCACUUCACACCACUAAGAAGUCACUAAUGCUACCUUUUUGUGCUACUCUGUUGCUGCUUUUUCAUGAGUGUAACAGCCUCCCCUCGCUGUCAGUGAACCUUAGCUCACAACUUUUGUGCAGUACGGAUCCAUUUGUCGGUACCUGUGCACCGUGAGUUAGAUGCCUUGUUGGUUUAAGGGUGGUUUGUUAUGCACAAUGUCAGUGCUUGUGUUUCAGCAAAGAGGGAUAUGCAGGGUCGGCGUAACAACGAGGUGGCACCACCAUAGUAGCCUCCUUAUAGAACGAGCCGGAAUGAUGGAUGGUGCAAGGGACAGCAGGCAAAGGCAACACACAAGUUUCCUUUUUUACAAGUUCUUGCGCAAAUUUGGCCAAGUGUUCCAACAAAGUAAACCUUCAAAGCAGAAAUCGCUUACAUACUCCAUGUUAAAAGGACAGUAAAGGCAAAUAUUAGGUGCUGUUAACGUGUCACACUAGUAUUUUGAAAUGUACAAAGCAUAAUGUUUCCUAGAACACAGAUUUUGUAAGAAAAUAUGUAAAUGUGUGGACUAGAUUGGCACCACCGCUUCAGAAGUACAGAAUCGUCUCCCAGUGUGGUCUUGUACUCCAAUCAAACGAUUAAAUUUAGUGACACUUUGAGCGAGUGCGCUUCGCUGUUAGUGUCACUCUAUGAGAUGGAAAGCUCUAAUGACACUUACUGCGGUGUGCACUUGCCAGUGAGUGUGUUUGACAAACUCACUUUGCUGCAAUCAAGUGUGUAGUUUCGGUAACCGUGCUUCAAGAACAUUUAAAUAAAUGCUCACAGAAUGCCACAGAUGAGUCGGCACUAAUUCUUAGACCACUUUUCCGUGACUUCAUUUGUUAUGAGCAUCUUUGCGUCGUCAAUGAAGCCCAAACAGGCUUGAAAUGUUCAUUUUCCGUCGAUUCCGUCAUUUUGACCCUGGGAAUGUUUCAUAUGUUCCUUGCUUUUAUUGGCUCAAAACAAGUAUACACGUUAAUGGGAUCAUAGUAUUUCUAUUUCUAAUCGCAAAGAUUCUUAUAAAUAAGCAUUCUAUUUUCUCCUAAUGAAACGGUAACCCUUUCUAAAGUUCAAAAUGCCGAGAAUCAUACCAACCACUAUGGCUUCAUAGAUCGUCAUUGUCAUCAAUACCAAAUGACACUUCGCUUUGCCAUCUAGCAUCACACCACUGAAGUGUCAUUAAUUUGGUCGUCUGACUGGGGUAUUAUACCCCGCACAUUCUUGGUAUUCACAAGGGUACCAAACUCACAAGGGUGGCGGUUUCUGCCAAAGCAUGACCUUUAAGACCGCCAUCAACACGCAGGGGUCUUUGUCGGCAGUAACUUACAGAUUGCAUUUUAUACCUUACAUUCACCCGUUUUGUCAGGAAACCUGCCCUUUCUUUUUGCAAUUUUGUUAACGACUGUGGUACAGGACACUGGCAGGCUUUCUGGGCCACAAUCUGUUGCUGUAGUUGGACUUAGUAUUUGUCAUCAGUAUCCCUUUAAGCAAAAACAGAAAAUUUUUUAAUUCCAAGUUUUCCAAGGUUACUUCACAUCAUUCCGCUGCUCAAUCAUUUGAGCAAAAUCUGUCUUACAAAGAAUAUUUUGGCAUGUUCACAUCUGCAUUUAUUUUCUUGUGAUAUACAAAAAAAGAAAACUUAUGUCAGUUGUAGCAUCCUCAGGCCUGUCACACUUUUCUACACUGCCUCAAUUGAGCACAUAGCAUACAUAUGCUGUAUUUUCUCGUGUACUCCCUCCCUGCACUAGAAAUUUAAGAAGUUGAACUUCGAAGCAGGUAUGCAGGUGAUGAAGCGAUAAAAAAAAUUUAGCCUUGCUAUUUGGCUUCACAGCUAGACGUUGUGCAUUGCUAUCAACCGUGCCAGUGCAAAGAGCAUUUGGGAAAUGGUUGUUGCCCGAAUGUACAAAAAAUUGUUUCUGGAUACUUGUUCUCUCCUGAUUAUAAUGAGGCAUUGUUUCAUGUGGUUACUUUUGCAUAUUGCAUAUUCCAUGUGUUGCUUUUUAUUUGUCGGUUGUCAUGACUGGGUUAUGCGCGGGAGAAUACGGCAGUCAUUGUGUUCCAUGUACUGAUGCUGCUGUUUUCAUAUGAGGAAUGGUACCUUCGUAAAUGUUUAUGCUGUUGUUGAUCGCACUAAAUAGUAAUCUUCAAAUGUCUUUUCACUUAAAGAAUUGCAAGGUAGCAAUUUGCAUAAGGUGCUUCACCAUUUCAAGUAUUAACAUAUUUGCACGAAUAUAAUGUGAACGACUGCUUCUUUCUUUAGAUCUAUUAGACCAUAAAAAAUACCUUGCAUUAUAUAUUUAACUGUGUUCUGCAUAAAACGCAAUAGAUUUUUACUCCUAUUUCACACUUAAAAAUUCAGCGACCUCCACCAAGAAUUAACCGAAUCACACGGGAAAGCCAGCUUUUUAGUGUCCUAUGGGGAAUGCAGAUGUGCGCAUGCACAUUAGAGGGCGAGAGUCAGCAAUCAAGCAAGCUUGCAGCAAGUGAGAAAUGAGGUUCAGGUAAUGUCUAUUUGUCGGGAGUGCUUAUCUAAGGGCUUCAAGGCCACCAGCUCGAUCUGCUUCGGCAGCAGACUUCUACACGGUCUGCUGCAUGAUACAUCAUUAGUUUGCGUAAUAACCGCCGCCUAGCUUCCCUUGUUUCUGAAAUUUUAGACAUUGUCGAUGUUUUGUUAGUUGCCGCGUUAUGUUAGUGCAAAUGUGUCUACUCUCCAUUACUGUUUGCUGUUACAAGCAGCAUCACUGAAUAAUUUUAUGCUAGCAAGUGCAAACAAGCGGCAAUUGUAUAUUGCAAUAUUGGCUCAUACUGGCAUUCUUGGGUAAUCUUGUUUGCCAGCAUCAAGCCAGCCAAUUUCUUGGAAGCACUGCAGCUUCAAUAUAAAACUUCCAAUGCAUUCAAGAUUGAGCAAGGACAAACGAAGCUGGUAUUUGUCAUAUUCACGUGGUUAGCGAAGGUCCCUUCUGUCCCUUCUGUCUAGUUUUGCAAUAAAAUACUGAUUGUAUUCACUGACCAAGUCAAAAGUGUGAGCGUUGAAGGAUUCGUAUUCUAGAGCCCUUGUCCGUGAGGCAAUGAAGAGUAAAUUUAUCGAAUGCAUAGGAGAUGGCACAGUCAUAUUGAGUUGACUGCCAUAAUGUAGCUGUCCACCCUGUUCAAACUGUAGAGCAGUUUUUGAAUAAGAAAUUUCUAGAGAUUGAAUCAUCUGGUUUCUGACUUCCAUCAUGGUAGUAGCAUUCUCCGAGUUAACGAUGACAACUGUGUUGGUGGAUGGACACUCGCACAAAGUAUGUUGGAUGCUUGGCUUUCCUCGCUGACAUCAGAAACCUGUGGAGUUGUGUAAAAUUGUAAAAACAGCAUUGAAUCACUUGUUGCAAGGCUUGUUGUGCAGGAGGUAGUGGUGCAGCUCUCGCAUCCAUUUUCAGUGUGGGGCAUCGUCACGAGGAUUGAACAUUGCAGUCAUUAUCAUGUGAAGAAAGCAAUGGUGUAAUGUUAUGGGCAACAUUGAAAGGUAAGCCUGUGAGCCUGCUGGGGCCAAUAUGACGGAAAACAAUUAUUCGUCAUCUGUUCACAGUUCCUUCAUGCUUUGUUUCAUUAAUUAUGUCAUCAGCUUAUUGAUGUAGGAACCCUGGUUUGCUGUACAAUAGUGUUGUCACGUCUUAUGGUAUAAAACGACAAUGUUCCAAGAACUGUGUAGCCAAAGCUUGUGGUGUGUUUUGGCACUUUUCUGCGUAAUGGGAAGACUGUAAAAAUGAGUACACGAGGCUCAAGAACAACUAUGCCAGGUUAAUUUCUAAUCCACUGAUUCAAACAGCAUACAUUCAUUUCAGAUGAAUAUGUGUGCAGUUUCUGCACAUUCUUUAGUAGCGGUGUAUGUUUUAUGGGGGCGUAUAUUAAUGACGAAGGCGGUGUUUACCAAAAGACAUAAACUGCUUGCUUUUCAUCAUGCUGAUCCACAGUGUACAGUCAUCUUGAUGUGUUGUGACCUGAAACUGAUUAACAGUCCACACGAAGCAUCAGCUGUUUACAUGUAUUGUAUAUUAACUUGUACAUAUUGUAUUUCUUUAUUUUUUGAAUGGCUGAUAAGUCCAUCCUUCUCAAGGGAACCCCAAAUCAGUUUCAUGACUGAAACAAUUCACAUCAUUGUAGCUUUAAAAGGCAAAUCCACACUAUUUGUUAGGGAAGCUAGCAGAAGGCAAAAAAAAUUGCAAAUCCUCCAUCCCCUCUUUGUAACAUAUCAGGGCAAGACAGAAGUAUAUUUUGGCUGGCAGCACAACUGCAGCCACUGCCUCAGUAAUACACUAAUGUAGGAUCAACAUGCACAUGUAGCUGGCAUGUACAGAUGUUCGUAGUUCUAACUCGGAGCACUUGAUUGGUGCACUGCGAAGUCAAGCAGGUGAUAUUUUGUGUUUGUGCUCAGUCUGAUAGACGAUGCUUGCUGGAAGCAGCAGCCCCACAAACACGUGUGCCACAUAAUGUUGAUCUCAUCACCCCAAGUCUUCUGAUUGCUGCGGUAUCACUUUUUGCUUACUCUGCAGCACUGCACUCGAGUGCUUAACAAUUCCUAACAAUAUGUUAGAAUGUAUUGUUAAGGAUUGCAUCAGCAGGCGAGAUGAUGGCAUGCUGAGCAUAUCGGCACAGCAGCAAAAUAGCAAAUAGCUUCUGUGUGCAGGACGAACUACGUUAACUGUCAAAGACAGUUAAGGUAGUUCUGCCUUAACUCUGCCAAUGCCUUCCCGCACAAUCAACCUUUCACUGUAGUGUCAGUCGUGUUCUGAUAAAAAAAACUAGGUUGUCAUUCAGUAAGCAAGAAAUAGCAAUUAGCUCGCAAGGUAUGAUGGCAUUUCAUAGUUUCCCUGCCAAGGAACUAUUCAAUUUAGGCCCAUGACAUAUGCUGAACUUUGCAACUGUGACGUGCUUGGACCAGUAAAAACUGGGUUUUGCAGCAGUUUUCAUUUGCACAAGUCCACACAAGCGCAUUUUGUGUAAAUACAGUAAGCGUGACCACAAAAUCACGCUUACUGAAGACGUGCUUUGAUGUCUUCCCACACUCUUCAGCAACUGCAUUGGGGUUCCUUCGAGAGGGUGCACUGAUAGCUGCUCUAGUCAUGACCACAUAGUUUGUCAUGGCUAAAUUGGUGCUGCGCAAUUUCCACUGCAUGUACAUGUUUUGUUUGAAUGCGCAGUGCUUGUAGUAGUGUGCUCAGUGUCUUAAUGUGUUGCAUUUAUUCAUUCAUGCCAUGUGUUAAACAGUGAUAUGAAUAUAUUGUUGUCCCCCAGAAGGUACUGAUUGAUGUGUAACAUGUUGACAUGUCAUCUCGUAGGUUUCCUCUUGUAAUAGGCUUUCUUUUCUUCUGAACGCCUGAGCUCAUGUUAUUGUAGAGAACAGCCCAGUCUACAGCAAUACCUUGUCCUGUUUGGCAGGUUGAGAAGCGGGACAAAUCUCUCUGUCAGUGGGGGGAAAAGAAAGUCUUAUUGUCCGCAAAAGCAUGUGCUCGUGUAUAUUCCCUGUACCUCUAAUUCUGGUUCGUUGUGGUAGAGCUCCUUUCUAGGAAAGAGUGUUAAAGGUUGUAAUAAUUGUGCUGCAUUGACACCAAAGCCUAUUUUUUUGUACCUUAUCUUUAUGGUAGCAUAACCAACUAAUGUAGCAUUUGUGUGAGACAUUUCCACUCAACCUUGGCGAUGCAGGUUCAUUGACACAUAAUUACUCACUGGCACUUUAAGCCCAUGAGCAUGAACUUGCACAUGUUCUCAUUUAAUCUUCACCACAUCCCUUUUUUUUCUCUUCAUUUUUGUUGCAUUUGGUUCAUUGAUCGCCCUGUCAUCGGCAUAGUUUUUGUACAGCAACUGAUGAGCUUUGUGUACUACAUGUUGUCAUGUUGUCUGUGUUGUCAAAAUGGCUUCAUGAUCUUAAAUAUAUUGCAGUGAAAAACGUUG